CUCAGUCUGGUUUCUGCAGAAACACCGGGACAUUUCGAACUGAAUCUGAUCGAUCAGCUAAUUGGCUGCAGGUCAUACUUUAUCACCCUUAUAAUUUAGUAGCCUGUCGUUCCGAACGGUACCAUGGUUCUGUCUUCUGCCAACAAGCCGCAAGUGUUUCGGCUGCUGUUGUCCGACCCGGCUCGAACCUUCUACAGCGGCGGGGACAAGCUGUCCGGUUUCGUGGAGCUGGAGGCGGCCACGCCCUGCAAGCUGACCGGCCUUAAGGUCACUGCCGUCGGCUGCGCCCGUGUGUUAGGUCGGCACCGGAGCCGGAACCGGGAAGUGGAGUACCUGAAGUAUGAGGAGGAGGUUCGGCUGGAGGAGGCGCUGAGCCGAGACUCUGAUGGCUGCUUUCUGCUUCCAGCUCAUAAAUCUUUUAGUUUCCGGUUCGGGUUCGAGUUGCCGCCUGCAGGCUGUCUGGUGUCCUCCUUCAGAGGAAAGUUUGGAUCUGUCCGCUACUACAUCCGGGCAGAGCUGCAGAGGCCUUCCCAACAGGCUUUGCAAUGUGAGCAGGAGUUUGAGGUGGAGGAACCACUGGAUGUUAACCGUGAGGACCUGCUGGCUCCUGCUGCCGCCUCCAAACAGAAGAAGCUCACCUGUAUGUUCAUACCUGAUGGCCAGGUGUCCAUCAGUGCCCGGAUUGACAGGACGGGCUUUUGCCACGGAGAAGACAUCAACAUCAAUGCCAAGUUUGAAAACACCUGCUCCCGGAUCGUGGUGCCGAAGGCCGCUAUCAUCGCCAGAACCUCGUUCACCAUUGAUGGCCGCAAGAAGGUGUUGCAACAGAAACUGACAACGGUUCGAGGAAAUCCCAUCAUCUCUGGGAUGUGCGACAUGUGGCAGGGCCGGACCAUCAGGGUCCCCAAGCUAAAGCCCACGCUGCUCGGCUGUGACAUCAUCAAGGUGGAAUACGCCCUCUUGAUCUACCUACACAUCCCUGGCAGUGAGAAGUUGACCCUAGAGCUGCCUUUGGUCAUCGGUACCAUCCCAUUCAGCGGCGUCGGCAGCAGAACCAGCAGCAUGAGCAGCCAGGCCUCCAGCAGCUGGUCCUCCAUCCCCUCUGCCCCCCCAAGCUACAGCAACAUCUACAGGGACUUGAUGAUGAAUGGACCUCGCACACCGCUGCUCCAGGACUACGACGGCACAGAGGAUGAUGAUGAUGAAGGGGGGCUCUUCAUGAGAGCCUCUGUGGUGUAUUACCCCCCUCCCCCUGCCUACAGCGAGGAAGGACAGUGACCUGGCUAUUUGUUUUAAUGAGUCAAAAUAAUCCAGGAGCCUAAGUUGUCAUUUGAAUUUACUGGGUUUAUACUGGAAGAGCAAGUCCCCUCCAAAUCAACUCAUUUUUUGCUGAUUAUCUGUAUAAAUGAGUGUCUAAUAGUGCAAUAGUUAUUUAGGCAUUUUAGUGCAUCUUAUGUAAAUUUAACUGUUCUGUCUUCAGGUUAACAUUCUGUAUUUCAUUUGAAUUAGUGAAGAAAGAGUUGGGGGGGGGGGGGUCCUCUUUAAUAUAAAUGGUGAUGAUGAAAAUGUUUGUUGUGAAAAGGCUUUUAUAUAUUUGUUGUUUGUGUUUUUUAUACCACCUUUACAGGAAGUUACAACAGUGUAUAUUUUAUAAAGUACAGAUUUUUAUUUUUGUAUUCCUGAAAUAAACUCCAGUGAUCUGA